AUGGCAGAAGGUAGUGGACCGUCAGCAAGAGCUCCUUACAAGUCUUUCCGCCAUUCAACACGGGAGCGACUGCUAAAGGAGAUGCUUCACAGCGUCAAGAGUGGUGACAGCCCAAACGAUUGGAAGGUUCUUGUCAUCGAUGAGCUGACUGUCAGAGUCAUGUCAUCUUCGUGUAAGAUGGCCGAUAUAACCGAUGAAGGCAUCUCAUUGGUUGAGGAUCUGAACAAGAAAAGGCAACCAAUGCCAACUCUUGAAGCGGUGUACUUUGUAAGAGCUACAAACGAGAGCAUUACCAAAAUCAUCAGCGAUAUGUCAGGAAAGUUUCCUUUAUAUAAGAGGGCUUACAUCUUCUUAAGUUCAUCUCUUACGCCAGAUCUCCUCAAUAUUAUCAAAAGCGAGAAAACAGUGAUUCAACGCCUUGCAGCACUUAAAGAGAUGAACUUGGAGUAUAUAACCAUCGAUUCACAGGGAUUUGUAACUGAUAAUGCCAUGGCUUUGGAACAACUUUUUGGGGAGAAUAGCGAUACCUCUUCAGAUUAUGAAGCCAUGAUCGACACGAUAGGUACCCGCCUAGCUACUGUUUUUGUAUCCCUAAAGGAGUAUCCUAGUGUGCGAUUUAGAGCCCCUAAUGCUCAGAGUUCAGAAGAUGAACUUCCAGCCGCACGUAAUUUGCUUUCUGCUAAGGUUGCUGCAGUACUUUCAGAAAGAUUAGCAAAGUACAAAUCAGCUCUUGCUGACUUUCCCAAAUCCGAAACUUGCGACCUCUUAAUUCUUGAUCGAAGUGUUGAUACGGUUGCGCCAUUUAUACAUGAGUGGACGUAUGAUGCUAUGUGCCAUGAUCUUCUAGGCAUCGAAGGCAACAAAUACGUUUAUGAGAUAACAACUGGAGACAAGUUGGAACGGAAAGAAGUGCUUCUUGAAGAGCAUGAUCCAAUUUGGGUUGAACUGCGUCAUCUACACAUUGCAGAGGCAAAUUUGAAAUUAACUGACAAGAUGAAUCAGUUUGGUUCAAAGAAUAAGGCGGCACAAAUUCGUCUGGGUGCAAAGGAGGGUCAGGAUAUAUCGACAAGAGACAUGCAAAAGCUGGUCCAGGCUCUACCUCAAUUUCGUGAGCAACUCGACAAGUUAAGUCUUCAUAUUCAGGUACUCACACAGAUUGCAACCGUGUUGAACGAAAAAAUAUCUGAACAAUCGCUUAGCGACAUAGCCGCUCUGGAACAAGAUUUUGCCUUUGGAGGAGGAUCAAGUAAAGAGCUAGUCAGACUCUUCAACAUCAAGCCGGAUAUGUCUCUGGAAAACAAACUACGGUUGCUGCUUAUAUAUGCGAGUGCACAUCCUGAUAAACUGGAUGCCAUCAAGCGUCAACAGUGGAUGAAGGCACCAUCAAGAAAAGAAAAAAAAGAGGACAUUGAUACUUGGGAUUUUUCUCGUUUCUACCCCGUGAUUGAGGUAAUGGCCAGUGAGACGGCAUCAAGUGCCAACGUUGAAGGCAAAAGAAUCUUCGUGUUUAUUAUUGGAGGUACAACUAGAGUGGAGCUAAAAGCUAUGCACAAGCUAACUUUAAAAUUAAGACGGGAAGUCAUUUUGGGUUCUACUAGCUUAGACGAGCCUCACCAAUACCUUGAGGUAGCCUACUGA